GACCAUCGGAAUCUCCAGAAAUCAAAUAUUGGUAGCUGUACGAUUACUAAGGCGAACAGAUAUCGAGCUCGAAAAGGAAUUGUGUUAUAUUUUGCACGGAGGAUUGGAAAUUCCCUUCACUUGCAAAAUGAAGUUUGUCAGGUUUCUUAUGAAGAACGCUGCUUUGGCUAAUGUGCCAAAGCACAUUGACCAUUUCUCCAAAUUCUCCCCAUCGCCUCUGUCAAUGAAGCAAUUUUUGGAUUUCGGUUCCACUAAUGCCUGUGAGAAGACAUCGUUUGCCUUCCUUCGACAAGAGCUCCCUGUCCGCUUGUCAAACAUCAUGAAGGAGAUUAACCUUCUACCUGAUCGCUUGCUAACCACACCGUCUGUACAGCUGGUCCAAAGCUGGUACAUCCAGAGUCUCAUGGAGAUCCUGGACUUCCUGGACAAGAGCCCCGACGACCACCGCGCCUUAGAAACGUUUGUGGAGACCUUGGAGACCAUCCGGAACAGACACAACGACGUGGUGCCAACCAUGGCCCAGGGCAUCAUCGAGUACAAAGACGCCUUCGGACAGGACCCGGUCACCAGCCAGAACAUCCAGUACUUCCUGGACCGCUUCUACAUGAGCCGCAUCUCCAUACGCAUGCUCAUCAACCAGCACUCUCUUAUUUUCGACGGGAACACCAACCCAGCUCACCCCAACACCAUAGGCUGCAUCGACUCCCAGUGUGAUGUCACAGAGGUUGUCCGAGACGCCUAUGAGAGUGCUAAGAUGCUGUGUGAGCAGUAUUACCUAGGCGCACCUGAGCUGGAUUUGACGGAGGUCAACGCCAACUGCCUCAGAGAACCCAUCCAGAUCUCCUACAUCCCCUCUCAUCUCUACCACAUGCUGUUCGAGCUCUUUAAGAAUGCCAUGAGAGCCACCGUUGAGAACCACGAAGCCCACGGCUCUCUCCCCGCCAUCAGAGUCAUGGUCACGCUUGGUGGAGAGGACCUGACAAUCAAGAUGAGUGACAGAGGUGGUGGAGUUCCCUUCCGGAAGAUCGAUAGGCUCUUCAGCUACAUGUACUCCACUGCUCCCAGGCCCAACUUCGGGGACCACCAGAGAGCCCCACUGGCUGGUUUCGGCUACGGUCUCCCCAUCUCGCGCCUGUACGCUCGCUACUUCCAGGGCGACCUCCAGCUCUUCUCCAUGGAGGGUCACGGCACAGACGCGGUCGUCCACAUGAAGGCCCUGUCGACGGACUCCGUAGAGAGGCUUCCGGUGUUCAACCAAACGGCGCUGCGCCACUACAAGGUGAACCUGGAGGCCGACGACUGGUGCGUCCCCAGCAAGGAGCCUCUAAACCUCGCCGUCUACCGGGCCUCCAAGUGAGGCUGCGGCCUCACACAACCCCGACCAAGAGGCCCGGCUCCCGCUGGGCACGAUGGGACCAUUAUGCUGAGGCGGCGCUGGGCGUGAACGCCGCGAAACGCGUCCAAUCCUGGAGGAAGUCAAGAUGUGAUGAAAGACCCCCCCCCCCCCCCCCCCCCCCCCCCCCCCCCCUUGAUUGGACAGCUUUAGCCCCCGUGAACAGUUAUGGUUUCCUGUUUCAGGGAAUCUCGCUUUCUUGUCGUUGAUUUGUGUGCCUGUGAAGGGAGGUUGAAAGAUAUAGCCAGUACCUUAGAAGGCCAUUGUCCAAAGUGACAUUAGAGUCAACCCUAGCAAGUUCAAAUGUGAGGCAUAUUGUGGGCAGUAGGAUGAGGAUAGUCCACCCAGGCCAAGGCCCAGAGCAGGAACUUCAUAGCCCAGAUAGAGAGGCUGGAGGUGGGCUGGGAGGCGUGGUAGACCCAGGAAAAAGUCAUGAUCCGGGGGAGAUGGAUGGUCAGAGACAUGGGAAUGUAAGAAGUGCUUUCGUUUUGGAUGGAAAAAAGAUAGACAGUGUCCAAGUUUGGAGGUUUGAAAUGCAGUCCAGUCGAGAGAUUGGUUUGACCCUAUCCACAUUUUGAAAAGCUCAGACUAUUAGAGUCCUUAUCAGAGUAGGAACAAAACGACUCCUACGUGCAAUGUGGAAUGGAGUGAGCGGUUAUCAGUGUUUGUGACAAACAGCCCAUGCCCUGACUCAGUCAGGGCAGAUAUGACAGGCUGUGACCUUUCAUUAGGAUGGACCUUUUACAAGGUAACAAACGAUCAAAGGGUCUCCUGUUAGUUCAAAAGUUUCAGUACGUUUAAAAUGGCCCACAUUUCAAGUCAGCUGUAGUACUUAGAGCUUGUUAAGUGCCAAUGCAUGAAGACUAAAGAUUGUACACAAAUACUGUAUAAGCCUAUUGUGAUUUUGUCAGGAAAUAUAAAACAUUUCCUUAAUGGACCUAUUUUGGUGUGAUAUGGUCAGUGGUACAAUAUCUAUGCAACUUAUUUCCUUUGCUUGAUAAAGAACCUGUAUUGCAUAAGAGACAGUUGAGAAUGUAUUAUUUGAUGUGUUUGGGAUAUAGUUCCAUGCCUUUGUCGUAACAGGCAGUGUUUUUCGUGAUGCCUGCUCUAUAAGAGUUAGUUACUGGGGCCACUGCAGCAACGGUUUGUCCUGUUUGUUUGAGCAUAGAGCACAAAAUGGCUCCAUGUGAUCUUUGAUGCAAACAUAGUGUAUUAUGUGUGUGUGUGUGUGUAUAUACGUGCCUUGUUGGAAUUGACCUAGAAACUGUGUUUCUAUCAUGUGCCAAGUAGCCUACUUUUUGGGUUUAUUUUGGUUAUACUAAACUUUAGUGGAAAGAAAUGUAUAUUUGGAAGGUGAUCUAUUUUUUUAAAUAAAGUUAAUUCAAAAUAAACCAUGUUGGAUA